UUUUUUUUUUAAUUUUCUUUUUUGAAAGAAUCCUCCAGCCACCACAUCGCCUCCCCAGCUCCCACCACCACACAGUGCCCAGGGUUUGCUUUGUUUUUUACGAUUCUUCCCCCCAACGAAUCACUUGUCAGAUCAAUUUUAUCUCUUCGCCCUCCUCCCUUCUCCUCCCCACUCUCCCCUCCUCCCCCUCCGCAAACCCCGUUCUCUGAGGUUAGGCGUUUUACAAACCUUUUAUGUUGUUUUUCGAAUUGUGAUUUUUGUUUUUUUUAAAACAACACUCUCUCCCCCUCCACCCCCCACCCUCCAUGGCUACUCUUCCAGGCGUUCAUCUCUGCCCUUCCCCCGCUUAGGGGGGCGGGGGUAGGGGAAGAGAAAAUAAUACAAUUUCAGGGGAAGUCGCCUUCAGGUCUGCUGCCUUUUUUUUUUUUUUUUUUUUUAAUUAAAAAAAAAAGAGAGGGGGGGGGGACAGAAAACAUCAGUCUUGAACUUCUCUUCAAGAACCCGGGCUGCAAAGGAAAUCUCCUUUGUUUUUGUUAUUUAUACGCUGUCAAGUUUUGAAGUGGUGAGUUUCAGGUGAUCUUUAGAGGGUAACUGAGUAUGGAUCAUUUGAACGAGGCAACUCAGGGGAAAGAACAUUCGGAAAUGUCUAACAAUGUGAGCGAUACGAAGGGUCCACCAGCCAAGAUUGCCCGCCUGGAGCAGAACGGGAGCCCACUGGGAAGAGGAAGGCUCGGGAGCACAGGUGGAAAGAUGCAGGGAGUGCCUUUGAAACACGCGGGCCAUCUGAUGAAAACCAACCUUAGGAAAGGCACCAUGCUACCGGUGUUUUGCGUGGUGGAGCAUUAUGAGAACGCCAUUGAAUACGACUGCAAGGAGGAGCAUGCGGAAUUCGUGUUGGUGAGAAAGGACAUGCUUUUCAACCAGCUGAUCGAAAUGGCACUGCUGUCUCUGGGCUACUCGCACAGCUCUGCCGCCCAGGCCAAAGGGCUAAUCCAGGUUGGAAAGUGGAAUCCAGUUCCACUGUCUUACGUGACAGAUGCCCCCGAUGCUACGGUAGCGGAUAUGCUUCAAGACGUGUAUCAUGUGGUCACGUUGAAAAUUCAGUUACACAGUUGCCCCAAACUGGAAGACUUGCCUCCCGAACAAUGGUCGCACACCACCGUGAGGAACGCUCUGAAAGACCUCCUGAAAGACAUGAAUCAGAGUUCGCUGGCCAAGGAGUGCCCCCUUUCACAGAGUAUGAUUUCUUCCAUUGUGAACAGCACUUACUAUGCAAAUGUCUCGGCAGCAAAAUGUCAAGAAUUUGGAAGGUGGUACAAACAUUUCAAGAAGACAAAAGAUAUGAUGGUCGAAAUGGACAGUCUCUCUGAACUGUCCCAGCAAGGUGCCAACCAUGUCAACUUCGGCCAGCAGCCGGUCCCAGGGAACACGGCCGAGCAGCCCCCGUCCCCCGCGCAGCUCUCCCAUGGCGGCCAGCCCUCCGUCCGGACCCCCCUCCCGAAUCUGCACCCCGGGCUCGUGUCCACGCCCAUCAGCCCUCAGUUGGUCAACCAGCAGCUGGUGAUGGCUCAGCUGCUGAACCAGCAGUACGCGGUGAAUAGACUUCUAGCCCAGCAGUCCUUAAACCAACAAUACUUGAACCACCCUCCCCCUGUCAGCAGAUCUAUGAAUAAGCCUUUGGAGCAACAGGUUUCAACCAACACAGAGGUGUCUUCCGAAAUCUACCAGUGGGUCCGCGAUGAACUGAAACGGGCAGGAAUCUCCCAGGCAGUAUUUGCACGUGUGGCUUUUAACAGAACUCAGGGCUUGCUUUCAGAGAUUCUCCGAAAGGAAGAGGACCCCAAGACCGCAUCCCAGUCUUUGCUGGUAAAUCUUCGGGCUAUGCAGAAUUUCUUGCAGUUACCGGAAGCUGAAAGAGACCGAAUUUACCAGGAUGAAAGGGAAAGGAGCUUGAAUGCCGCCUCGGCCAUGGGUCCUGCCCCCCUGAUAAGCACACCGCCCAGCCGCCCUCCCCAGGUGAAAACAGCGACCAUUGCCACUGAGAGGAAUGGGAAGCCAGAGAACAAUACCAUGAACAUUAAUGCUUCCAUUUAUGAUGAGAUUCAGCAGGAAAUGAAGCGCGCUAAAGUGUCCCAAGCAUUGUUUGCGAAGGUCGCCGCGACCAAGAGCCAGGGGUGGUUGUGUGAGCUGUUGCGCUGGAAAGAAGACCCUUCUCCAGAAAACAGGACCCUGUGGGAGAACCUCUCCAUGAUCCGGAGGUUCCUCAGCCUCCCUCAGCCGGAGCGCGAUGCCAUCUAUGAGCAGGAGAGCAACGCGGUGCAUCACCAUGGCGACAGGCCACCCCACAUCAUCCACGUCCCCGCCGACCAGAUCCAGAGCCCCUCUCCCAGCACCCGUGGCAAAGGAGAGCUUAGAGGCGUUUUCUUGCCAGGCCUGCUGACCCCUGCGCCAUGGCCCAGGGCUGCCCCCCAGCAGCCGCAGCCGCAGCCCCCGCAGCCCGCGCCGCCGCCCCCGCAGCCGCAGGCGCAGCCGCCGGCCGGGCCCCGGCUCCCCCCGCGGCAGCCCCCCGUGGCCGCCCCGGCCGAGGCCGAGGACGACGCCCGCCAGAAGCCGCGGCCGCGCACCAAGAUCUCAGUGGAGGCGCUGGGCAUCCUGCAGAGCUUCAUCCAGGACGUGGGCCUGUACCCGGACGAGGAGGCCAUCCAGACUCUGUCCGCGCAGCUGGACCUGCCCCAGUUCACCAUCACCAAGUUCUUCCAGAACCAGCGGUACUAUCUCAAGCACCACGGCAAGCUGAAGGACAACGCGGGCCUCGAGGUGGACGUGGCCGAGUACAAGGAGGAGGAGCUGCUGAAGGAUCUGGAGGAGGGCGGCGGCGCGCAGGACAAGAACGCCAGCACCCUGUUCGCGGUGAAGCUGGAGGACGAGCUGGCGGCGGAGGGGAGCACGGACCUUCACGCCGACUUGAAAGACUGAGAUGCGCAAAUUAUUGCUUUCCCUCGGCAACCCCACUGGUACUGACUCAACACAGUGAAAAGUCCACCUGUCAUGCGCCCAGAAAACCCUCGUGGUUUGGCCAAUGAAUCUUCAGAAACUUGCACAAAGUGGAGAAGGGAUCAGACAGACUGCACUAACACGUUUUCCUCUGUUUUGCAAACUGCUCGGCAGCCCCAGGUGAAGCAUUGAGGAUUGUUUGGUAUGAAAAGUUCAAAUUUGUGUUCUCGAGAUGCACCGAGGUGUGUACCCCCCACCCCGUCAGCAUGAUACCAGUGAUUUUUUUUUCAAAAAAAAAAAAUUAUUAUGAUUAUUAUUCUGGAGCCUCAAACAAGCAUUAUAACUUCUGUGAUUAUGAUUUCCUUCCUUGCGUUAUUUCUGUAACACUCCACACACUGAUCUUUGGAAACUCGCCCCUUAUUUUAAAAGA